CGUCAAGGACUUCCUAAACUUUUCAAAAAAAGGAUUAACAGAAGCCCAACUUUUAUUUUUCAAGUCGGAUUCGUACACACAGGUGUUGGCAGUGACCUAGGUCGAAUUUGGCUUCACAGUUAUGGAGAAUAAAGACACAAGUUAUCAUCGUUCUUCGGUCAUUACACCAAGGGUAACCACUCAGUUCAAUCAGUUCCUGCCUUCCAAAGACAAAACAACAGGGUAUGUUCCAGCUCCUCUGCGAAAAAAACGUGCUGAGCGAAAUGAAGACAACAGAAGAAGCUGGGUCCGCCCUGGGUUUACAGAAGAGCAAACGAUUUUCAGGAGUAAAUCAAUGACUGACAUCCCAGUGAACCAGAAUGCAACAACAGCAACAAGGUAUGAGGAGCUACAGAGUAUCCGGCAACAAAUGAAGGAAAGUGAGAAUCACUGGCAAGACGAUCUCACCAAGUGGAAAAAUCGGCGGAAAAGUGUGAAUUCUGAUAUUGUGAGGAAGAAAGAGGAAAGAGAGAAGAUUGAGCUGAUCACCAGUGGCAGAGGAAUCGAGACAUCCACAACAUUUGAGAUGCAGGAGAAGAGAGAGAAGGAACUGAAGGGCCCUUUCAACAAAGGACUCAGACGCUCGGCCACUCAGUCAUCAGAGGAAACAAAGCCAGUGUCAAAGGGCAGACCUGUAUCAGUCUACAAAGAGACAGUCAGUAAAGUAUUUGCCCAGGACACACCAGUCUCCCACUCUGAUCCAGCCAUAACAACAGAUUUCUCCAGCUCUUCAGAAUCAGAAUCAGAACCACCUACCCAGGACAGCUUUUCCCUGCCCUCUCAAAGGUUAAUUAGAUCACAGACACUGUCAAGCCUACCAAGUAACAACAGUCCCAAAGCACAAGACCACUUUGAUUUCAGCAGUAACAGACCCAAAUCUAGUAUCACAUCUAUUCCUAGCCACUUCAAUAGUGUGGCAGUCCAAAGUGUUCGGGAAGAUCCAGGGUCGAACAAAAGUUCUGAUAGCACCAUUUUGCCAGAACAGCCCACUUAUCUUUUUGGGAGAGCAGCACAAGAUCCCAGUUUAACCUAUUUCAACAAGACUGCGGUGUCAACCUCUCUUCCCACAAAUGCUCAAAGAUCCAACAGUGCACGACUAACAUCCGUGGUUACUCCCCGCCCAUAUGGAACUCAGUCUACAAGACUCACUUCCUUACCUAGGAAAUUUACUGAGGUGAAAACACUGGACCAGAACAGCUUUGGUAUCAAGCAGGACAGCUUUGGUAUCACUCAUGUUCCCCAAUUAAACCAACCGAUAGUUCCAAGUGAUGGGAAAUACCAGGAGGAGAUGGAUAGGAGGAUGACACAAGAGGAGUGUAACCCGUGUCUAACAGGAGACCAGGAAAGGCAAAGGACAGAUCAGAAGAAGUAUCUUGCAGAACAGUUGAGCUCGAAGAAUAAAGAUGAUUUGAUUCAAACAAACAAGGAAGAUGAGAGCACUACAGAGAGGAAGCAUGUGGACGAGAUGGAGAAAUGUUGGCUGGAAAAGGAAGAUGAGGCUACAACACAUCAAGAUAGGAAAGAAAUGCUACAACCGCAGCCGCAGUGGGCAAAGUCAGAAUCCAUGCUGGCAAUCGAUGAAGUUGAAAAACCCAAAGCUCAGGUUAAAAAUAGGGGAAUGACUGAAUGGCUUCUUGGAGAGGAAAUGAAGAGAAAGAGGAAUACUGAGGUCCGCAGACAGCAGGCUGCUGCAGAACUGGAGGCUGAAAGGAGAAACAUUGUUAACGCUAUGAGAUUUAGAGAACCAGAGAGAGUGGUGAACAGUGGCAGAAACUCUUGGAAUAAUGAUCCAACAAAUGAAUUUUCAUUGGGCACCUUGGAGGACAGCUGGAUGCAGCAACAAGCCAGCAGUGCCAGCAAGGAAGCUGUGGACCAAAAUAGGAGGUCAGUCAGUGGCAAGAAAAUAUGUUCAUCCUGUCACAAACCCCUUGGCAAAGGAGCAGCCAUGAUCAUAGAGUCACUGGUGCUGUGUUAUCAUUUGACUUGUUUCAAGUGCAACAAUUGCCAGUCUGAACUUGGUGGAUCAGAAGCUGGGACUGAGGUCAGAAUAAAAAAUGGACAGCUCUACUGUAGCUCAUGCUAUGUGCAACUAAAAACUGGUCAUCCCACUGUCAUGUGAUGUUCUUCAUGGAAUGCUGUUUGAGGAGGAACCACUUCAAGAAGAAAAACGUAUGAACCCUGGCUUCAACUCCUGUUUAGUAUAUUGAAUAUUGAUUUUUUCAUAGUUGAUAAUGGUCAUUGGACCAGAUGGUGGUACAACAACAAUGUGAUGCUUAUAAAUUACUGCAGUUGAACGUUGAUCAGCUUUAGGCAAUAUAAUACAAUUGAAUUAGCCUUCAAGGGAUUUGUCGUUAGUUGCGUUUCCAUCCAACUCAUUCUUAAGCACAUUCAUUUUUACAUACAAUUUGGCUACAAAAGGCUAAUUAAAAAUGGAUAUUUCAUAAUUAAGGGUACAAUUCUGAACAGCUGUUGGAUCAAUAAGUAGGAUUGUGUAUUCACAUUUUAAGCUAAUUUAAAAUGUUUCCAGUCAGGAGUUCAAUGGUAACUAGGUAGUGUCAGAGUAGAAGAUUUCAAUGGGCAGGAUUCUUUUGAUAAUUUGAUUUAAGUUGUCUUACUUGUGCAAUUUGAGAAUGAGGUGUUUAUAUAAAGUGUUAAAAAAAAUUGCUUGUACAUAAUAUUGGACGGGUGCAUGCACCUGCAGAUAUUGUUUUAAGUAUAAUAUGCAGCACAAUGUCUGCAAGUUGUAUUGCACUGUUGUUAUCACACAAAUUCAUUAUUUAUGUCUUGACUUAUGAAACUGCAUUACCCCAGAAAUAAGAGGGUCCAUAAUAUUUGCUUUAAUAUGGGAUGAAUAUGAGGUUUAAUUACUGUUUUGUUUGUGACUGAUUUGGUCUUCAAAAGCAAGUUGAUCCUCAUUUUGCAUGACCAAAACAGUAGAAAAGCACUUCGACCACAGUCUUCUCUUUCAUCUUGCAAAUUCCAAUAUGCUAGUCCAUGUGGUGGAGCAGAGUACAUAAAGUGGAAACAGUUAGAUCUAGAUCCAGCUCUUCUUCCUGGAUCUUGUGUUCUGCAGUGAGGACCAUCUCCAGUUUUUAAAGUACAGAUUUGUCCAUUUUCAUUGUGCCAGAUUGAAUUUACAAAUAGACCAAAGUAAGCAGGGCUACCCUGUAGUUAGUAUCAACAAGUGGGGCAGUGGUAGGAUAGUGGCUAAUGAGCUGGGCUAGCUUGCAGUUAUUUGAAAAGUUAAGGGUUCAAUUCCCAGCUUCCACGGUUGAACUUUGAGCAAGGCACUUAACCGUGAGUAAGCUUAAAUUAAGUCCUACAUGGGUCUGUUGGCCCUCUAAGUCAAUGUAAAUAGAAAUUGAUGUCCAUGGAAAUGGCAAUGUUAGCCAAUAUAUCUUUUUUGUAUACUCCUACAGAGGGAGAGGAGUAUGAAAUCAUUUAACUUAUUUUUCCUCAACUAAUCAGGUUUCUCUCUAGACCCUUUAAAACUAUUUUGGGAACCAGUGAUAUUUAUGACAUUGACCAUUGUUUUUAUUUCAGAGCCAUUAGCUUUAUUUUACUUUCAUUUACACUCUGUCAAACAGCAGACAUACUUUGGGAGAUGGGAAAUGGUUAUAAUCAAAGAUGUUCAAUAUUGAUUUUUCUUUCUUACAUGGGAAAUGUGUUUAUCAUUUGACUGCAUCAAUAAAAAGAGGAAAACUUC